AGUGUGGAGUCCCCUGGCCAGCAAGGCCUGAGAAGUCAACAUGGCAAAGAUCUGCACAGACCAGUCCUACCCGGCAACGACCAGGCAACAGCCGCUUCUCGGCACGUCCGAUGAUGACCUGGACUCCAUCGAGAACGGAACCUCCAGGGCCAACUCAGAGUGUGAAGACACAUUGUCAGAGGUUCAGGGUGCUGUCUCUGUGUUAACCAGCAGACACACAGAGUCUCACAGAGAUUCCUUUACAGGGUCAGGUGCCCUGGCCAGGCUCUCUCACUUCCUGUUCAUGCUGCGGACCUGGGCCUCUCACAAGAUGCACCAUGAGGUGGAGAGACCAGACUCCUUUCUGGAACGCUUCAGGGGCCCUGAGCUCAAAGAGGCCUCCAGCAGAGAGAGCAACGCACAGUCACUGGGAUACCCCGACAGAGUCCGCAAGAGGAAACCUCGUAAGAAAGAGAUUUGGAUCAUGGACCCAUCAGCAGACAGAUACUACAGAUGGCUAACCAUCAUCGCAGCACCAUGCUUCUACAACCUGAUGAUGCUAGUGACCAGGGCAUGUUUUAACGAACUCCAGAGCACGUACAUAACUCUGUGGAUUGUCCUGGACUACACCUCAGACUUCAUCUACUACACAGACACAUUCGUCAGGUCUAGAACAGGUUUUCUGGAACAGGGACUGCUUGUGAAAGACGACAAGAAGCUUAGAGACAAAUACAAAUCAACGCCACAGUUCAAAUGGGACAUGAUUUCAAUGAUACCCACAGACCUGCUGUUUCUGAAAGUGGGUUUAAACUACCCCGAGCUCCGACUGAACCGACUCGCAAAGAUGAACCGUCUCUUUGAGUUCUUCGACCGCACUGAAACCAGAACCAGCUUCCCCAACAUUUUCCGAAUCAGUAACCUGGUACUUUACAUCCUGAUCAUCAUCCACUGGAACGCCUGCAUCUUCUUCGCCAUCUCCAAGACCAUCGGGUUCGGGUCCGACACCUGGGUGUACCCAAACAUCAGUCAUCCUGAGCACGGCCGCCUUGCCAGGAAGUACAUCUACUGUCUCUAUUGGUCGACCCUGACCCUGACCACCAUCGGAGAAACCCCGCCACCAGUUAGAGACUUCGAGUACCUCUUCGUGGUCGUCGACUUCCUCAUCGGUGUGCUGAUUUUCGCCACCAUCGUUGGUAACGUUGGUGCCAUGAUCUCAAACAUGAACAAAACCCGUGCGGAAUUCCAGGCUAAGAUCGACUCCAUCAAGCAAUACAUGCAGUUCCGUAAGGUCUCCAAGGAUCUGGAGGUCAGGGUCAUCAAGUGGUUCGACUACCUCUGGACGGAGAAGAAGACCUGCGAUGAGAAGGAGGUGCUGAAGAACCUGCCAGACAAGCUGAAGGCCGAGAUCGCCAUCAACGUCCAUCUGGACACCCUGAAGAAGGUGCGUAUCUUCCAGGACUGUGAGGCUGGUCUUCUGAUUGAGUUGGUGCUGAAGCUGCAGCCUCAGGUGUUCUCCCCAGGAGAUUACAUCUGUAAGAAGGGAGACAUCGGCAGAGAGAUGUACAUCAUUAAGGAAGGGAAGCUGGCUGUGGUGGCAGACGACGGGGUGACACAGUUCGUGGUGCUCAGCGAUGGAGCGUACUUCGGAGAGAUCAGUAUCCUGGGCAUCAAGGGUUCCAAGGCUGGCAACAGGAGAACGGCCAACAUCAGGAGCAUAGGUUAUUCUGACCUCUUCGCCCUGUCGAAAGACGAUCUCAUGGAGUCCCUCACUGAGUACCCCGACGCCAAGAAGGCUCUGGAAGAAAAGGGAAAGGCUAUGCUGAUGAAAGACAACAUGAUCGAUGAGGACGUCGCUAACGCGGGCGCCGACCCUAAGGACAUGGAGGAAAAGAUCCAAAGGUUGGAGAGUAAUAUCGAAAUCAUCAAGACUAAGUUGGCCAAGAUCAUGGCUGAGUUCACGUCCAGCCAGAGCAAGAUCAAACAGAGGAUCACCAACAUAGAGUCAACAGUCAAGUCAGUCCGGCCCGAGGAUAUAUCUGAGGUGGUGGCCGACAACAAGACUCCUUAGUCCCACAAUGCAACGUAUUUACCCAGAGACUUUUUCUAUUGAACCUUUAUAUUGACAGGGAGCCAUUCUGAGAUCAAUGUCUCUUUUAAUAAUGAUGAGCAUGUAAAAAACAUACACACCAAUACAUAAAAAGCGAAACACAAUUAUAGAAAACAAACACAUUAUUCAGAAAUGCCUUAGAGGCACCAACUCAUCACAUUUUAGAGAGUUUGGGAGAUUAUUAUAUUCCACAAAUAAGGUGUAAAAAAACUAAAGCAGAUUUACCUAACUCAGUGGAGAUCAAAGGGAUUGGGUCUGGUAUCUCGUUUGUCUGUAGGUUAACAAUUAAGUAAGGUACUGCGGAAGUGCAAUGCAUCGAUCUACGAGAUUUCAAAAGAAAGCCAGCCUACUUUAAGAUGAUUGUAAACUUCAAACAUUUUUCGGAAUAUUUUUGGAGGCCAUAUUGCAGUGUAAUUCUGCAAGCGAAGGUUGCUGUAAAAAUGUUCCAUUUAAAAUGAGGAACGUUUUGUUAUCUGGGGGAGUUUUGAUUGGCAGUGCCACCUAGCAGACAAUUUUUUUAAUCCUCCAAUCAGAGCGCAGAUAUUGGUCAUAUGAUUAGUCUGCCAUUCUAAACUAUUUUGGAAAACAUGUAAGUUUUUGAGCUGAAGUGAAAGAAAAUUAACUCCUGUUCUGAAGUGAAAUGUUUCCUCACUGCAAUAUUUGAUCAUGAUACGCUAAUACAUGCAUACUGUGUUAAUUUUGUCAUGUUUAACUAACAAAAAUACCCACGGUGGGAUGCAUGCUAAUCGAUUAGCAAUUCAAUUUAAAGUCAAUGGGACAAACUGGCUAAAUUACCUAGCUACCAAGCCAUAUUCUCCACAUUUGGGUUGGCAGAUAGCCUAAUGGUUAGAGCAUUGGGUUACUAACCAUAAGGUUGCUGGAUCAAAUCCCCAAGCUGAC